AUGGAAGAAAACGAAGAAGAAACUAUCGCAAUUGCUUGUUUGUUAGCUGAAGAAGAGGAAGAAAAAGCUAAGAACUCUAGAAAAAGGAAACAUAAUAUCUGGGUACACAAUAUUUUCAAGAAAAGGUCGCAACAUGGAGAAUAUCACACACUGUUUCCUGAUCUGCUAAACGAUGAUGCCAAAUUCUUCCAAUAUUUUAAAGCAUGA